UGGUCCGCUAUCGUUUGUACAUACAGAGUGACAUUCGUGUGUGUAGAACAUUUAUUUAUUUAUUUAUUUAUAGGAACACCAACAGCAUAUUGCAUUAUAACACAUAUAACAAACAUUAAAUACAGUACAAUAUUAAUGCACGUGCCUAUUAAAGGUAUUCACAGCAUUUAUUUUAACAUAAUUAUAUCUACAGUAUGAAAUGAAGUAAACAAUUUUAACAAAUACAACAAAAUGCUGUUUUGUUUUGUUUAAAAUGUGUCAUAAUUUUUUUAUUUUUAAAUCUCGUGUUAAAAUCUAUACCUACAUCAAAGUUUAAUAAUUGUUUCCUGAACUGAAUCUUUACCACCGUCAAGAUGUUCGAGGGCGCGGUGGCGGGCAUCCUGAACCGGCUCCUCGGGAAGUACGUGCAGGACCUCGACACGGAGAACCUCAACGUGGGCAUCAUCUCCGGCAAUGUCAGCCUUACAGAUCUUAAACUCAAGCCGGAGGCUUUGUAUGAACUUGACUUACCUAUCGACGUGAAAAUUGGAACGAUCGGGCGAAUCAACCUCCAAAUACCGUGGGCGGGACUGUAUACUCAGCCCGUAAUCGUUCAUAUAGAAGAUGUGUUGAUCCUAGUUGGGCCAGCAAUCUCCAACAGCUAUUUCGACCCAGACAGGGAGAGAAGACUGACCAGAGCUGCGAAGAGGAAGAUCCUACAGGAUCUAGAAGCUGAAAGCGAGAUACUCAAAGGCCCGCAGAACUUCUUCGAGCAUUUAUUCACGGCCAUAGUUAAUAAUAUACAGAUUUACAUAAGAAAUAUCCACGUGAGAUAUGAAGACUCAAUCAGCUCGAAGGAUGGGCCGUUAGCUUGCGGUCUUUGCCUUCAGAGUCUCUCCAUUGAGACUUCAAACAGCAAAUGGAAACCAUCAGUGACACCGGCGAACGCGACUACUGUCUACCAAAUGAUGAAGAUCGAAUCAUUGUCCGUAUAUUGGAACCCCACGGCGACUGCGCUGGAUGAUAAUGAAAUUGCACACAUAACCCCGAUGCAGUACUACAAUUGGAAGCACUAUAUGCUCACUGGACUGAACAAGUUCUCCAUGCACCACGAAGACUUCGAGUUUUUACUGAAGCCCGUGACAUGCAAGGUGAAGGUAUUGAUCAAUCGUUCAGGAGAGGCUCGGGUUCCAAGGCUGCUGAUUGAUGCCGUGCUGCAGGACAGCGCGCUGCAGCUGUCCCGGAGACAGUACCUGUCCAUUGACAAUCUUCUGUCUUCAUUUGCAAGAAUUAAACUCAAUAGAAAAUACCGCCACCUCCACCCGGGCGUGCCGCUAACGAAAGACAUCAAGAAAUGGUGGCGAUACGCGUACAACGUUGUGGUCGAACAGAGGGUACGGCCGUACACUUGGGCGGCGAUAAAGAAGCACAGGGAGAACUACAAUGAGUACAAACAAACAUACAAGAGUACGCUGAGGAGUCCAAACGAUACGGAGCUGAAGUUAGACUUGCAAAAGUGUGAGGACAGCCUGCCGAUUAUAUCUGUGGUAAUUGCAAGGGAACAGGCGAAGUUUGAAUUACUUUCUCAAGAGUCGGAUCGUAUAGAAGUAGUUGAAACAGAGAUCGAUUGGUGGCUACCGUCAGGAUCUGAUGUAGACAGUGACCCUGAAGAGAAUAAACGAGUAGAGUUAUGUGUGAAGUCAGAGAGGAGCAAAUCGUUAUGGAGUCACUUGUCUAGCCCUGAGAAGAAACGGGUGUGUGAGCUCAUCGGAUACGUGGAGGGCGAAUCGAAGCAGGACAAAUCUAAACAAUAUAUUGAACAUAAACUAAACUUAACACUAGCGAAUUGCUCUCUCACAUUAAUGAAUAGAAGUAAGGAAGUGCUGGUUGUGACACUGACACAGUUUCUGGCAUCAUUAGAGACGCGUCCAUCAGCAAAAGCAUUUAAGCUAUCAGCUCGGGCAGAAAGCAUAGUGAUUGAAGGAGUUACCUUCGACGGUGAGUUAGUUCCGUUGCUGAGCGUGGAGCGUGGCGCGCCAACUGCAACCAACCUACUGGCCUUGGAUCUGGAACGCAACCCGAGCAACAGCGAUGCCGACUACGGCUUAUGUUGUUCUCUGGAACCAUUAGAAUUGUUGUAUAUUGAGCAUGCCUUCACGGAAUUGAUAAACUUCUUCCAAACGCACUCGAUGACAUCCGAAGAGUUGGCAGAGGAGGUGGCCGGUGCAGCGAAGCAGGCGGCCAGGAUCAGCAAAUCGGUGUUAGCCUAUGCGGUCAGCCGCCGGAAGCUGUUUCAGAUCAAUGUGGAUAUCAAGGGGCCGUGUGUCGUUAUACCUGAACAUGGAUGUGUGCACAAGUCUGGUAGAGUAAUGGUGCUGGACAUCAGUCGUAUCAUAAUAAAAUCAGAUCUGCAACCUCCCAACUUGGCUCUGGAGGAUGCCACGUGUAUGGAGUUGGAGGAGCGGCUGUAUGACAGACUGCACGCUGAGUGUUCCUGUCAGGUAUUAUUCUGCGAGUGGAACGAUCCUUGGCGCGAGACGCGGAAGCAUGCGGACUCUGAACUGCAUCUAAUACCUAAAAUACGAGCACUUCUUGUAUUCUCCAAUAGUAUUAAAAAGGAAUACAGAUUACUACCCAGAUAUAAGCUCAAUAUAUCUCUAUCAAGCUUCAAAUUGAAUCUUUCCGACCGCAUCAUUGGUCUCUUGAUGGACUUCGCUGAUAACCUCCCUGUACCAGUGCCAAAUACAGUGCCAGUAUCCUUUUUGGACUCGGGAGAUUACGAAGAAGAGGACCCUGAGCUAGCAGAGGCUAUGCAACAGGAUCUAGUGACAGGGGAUCCUGGUUAUGACGAGCUGGUAAAAUUGCGUCAGAAGAUCGUGGCCUCGUAUCUGAGUAGAAAUAAAGCGGAAACCCAAGGUGAAGAAUCUCGCACGCCUUUAGGCAACCUGGCAGCAGAGCCAGCCUUCUCGUCCACCGAUCACACUGAUGAAGAGUUGGAACUCUACGCCCGCUCAGUGGACUUGCCGGGCUUUGAUGAUAAUGUGUCCCCCAACAACACCAUACGAGUCUUACUUCGUUUUGUCAUAGGUGAAAUUGUCAUAAAUCUGUCCCGUUCGACGGACCAAACCGAGAAGCCGUACGUUAUGUUGAGCAUAACGAAGGUGUGCCUAGACGUGGCUCUCAUGGAAUACGGGCCCGCUGUCCAAUUGUCAGUGGGGCAGGCACUUCUUACUGAUAAACAGCAUCACAGCAGCACUGGCCAGUAUCUUGAACUCCUGACCAGUUCUGGUGAACUGUUCAAUUUGCUGUAUAGAAAGGUCCGAGCAGACUGCCCCGAGUUCCGUUCGCAUUUUCACAGCGUGGAACAGUCGCUAGUGGCUGAUGCCGGCCAGUUUUCACUACUGCUGCACGCGGACGCAAUCCGCACACUCUUCAAGUACACGCAAUACAUUUGUGACAAGAUUCAAACUCGACAUGCAUUAAAUUUGAAGAAGAUCGUUGUGCCGAAGACUAAAUCGUUAUGGGAUUACCUUAUGAGGCCAGAAGAAGAUCCGCCCGUGCCGUCAGGAGCCACUAAGUUCAGCUAUUCAGUUAGAGUGACUUCAGUAUCCAUGAGACUUUGCCAUUUGGACUGUUCGCUGGUGGAAAUAAGGUUGGCUGGACUUGAAAGCGAUUGCGUGUUUCGUGCUAACGAUCGUAUGAUCUUCAAGCUGUACCUUAGCUCGCUGCAUCUCGAUGAUUUGUCUGAAGCCACUUUGUAUCCGAAGCUGGUAUGGCCUGAUGAAGACAAGGUGCUAGAGGUGAAGUAUGUCCGAGCAGCUCCAAGGUACUACGGAACAGCGCCGCAGUUAAAAGCUCACGGUGAACUCCGGGUGUAUCUGGGUCGAUUGCAUGUCGUACUGUUCUAUUCUGUUCUGCAUCAUCUGCAGCAGUUCGUGGAGCCGCUGGCGGCGGGCAGCGCGGCGGGCGCGGUGAGCGCGGCCGAGUGCGCUGCGGGCCGGCGCGUGCGCAGCCUGCGCCGCGCCACCACGCGCCUCAACCUCGCCAUACAGAUUCAUGCCCCAGUAUUAUUGUUACCACAGAAGCCCUCGUCGCCUAAUCUACUAGUGUUCAACUUGGGUGACCUUUUGAUAGAAAAUUUCUUUAAACAAACAAACGCGAGUCAAGAAGCGACGAGCCCGAUGCAGAAUCCGAUUAUAGAUAACAUUUUGAUUAAGCUGGUGAACAUCACCUUCUCCAGAGCUGUCAUGACCUUGGCCGGUACCUUGGAAAUGCAAGAACCAAUCCUUGAACCAGUAUCGGUCCGUUGCGACGUCCAACGUGCCCUUCGUCGCGAGACAGCGUUAGAAGCCGAUGUCCUGAUGGAUACGGUACUAGUUAACCUCGGGCAGAAGGACCUCGCCACGAUCCUCGCAGUCUGGGCCGAUAACCUUAGCAACGAGCCCUAUAUUGGUACAAUAAUACCCGGUUCUCCAGUAGAAGUACCGGCCACAGAUGCGUCGGUUAAAAAACUCCAGGCAUUUUUUGCUCAAGGCGAACCUAUCAGGAAAGAAGCUGUCUUAAGAUUUACAUUGGAGGGAAUUGAAUUAAAGUUAUUCUCGGACAUGGACGAGGUCCUCAGUUCGCCGGUCCGUGACUUGAACCAUGGUCUAGCAAAACUGACAGCGGGUGAAGCGACAUUACAACUGGACUGGUACUCGGACAACAGUGCUGAACUAAAAGCGAGUCUACAAAGUUUGCUCGUUGAAGACAUAAGACCUGAUCCUUCUAUUGUAAUUAAACGGAUCGUGCAGUCACAGGGCGGCGUGACGCGCGCGACGGGCGGCAUCAGCGUGCGGCGGCCGGCGCUGCUGGAGUGCAGCGCGCGGCUGGCGGGCGCGCGCGCCGCGCAGCUGGACGUGCGCGUCGACCGCAUGCGCUGCAACCUCGCGCUGCCCUUCCUGCUGCAGCUCGCGCGCACCACGCUCGACGCCAUGCCGGGUGAAAAAACGAUGGAUGGCGGCGUGGUCAAUCAUGGGUAUGUUGGAGAGCUGGGCGCACCACGCGCCAACAACAACCGUGCCGCAAGUUCUAGCGACUCUACCAGCGGAUACUAUUCUGCAACAACGUCAAUAUCAGAAGAAACUCCUGGCCUCUCAAUAUCCAUCCAGUUUCGACAGCCCGAAGUAAUGUUCUUCACAGAUCUCACUAAAUCCGACGGGCAUGCUUUGUUAUUACGGACAGAACUACUUAUCGACUACUCCAGUCAUUCUAGUAGCGAAAACCUAGUGGUUUCUCUUGCUGGUCUCCAAAUUAUGUCCAAACUUCAAUCAAAACUAAAGAACCUACCACCACAAUUGGUACUGAAACCGUGUGACGUAGAGUUUUCCAAAAGCUUCAAAAACGUAGAAGAAGGAGUUAAAGUAAAACUAUCAGUAUCUGAGAUCGAAGUUCAUAUUGCAGCGACAACUGUGCACACUGUUAUGGAUAUAAUCGACGAGAUAUCAUCAGAAUUGACCAUCCCUGACGAGAAAGAGCCUUUCAACUUUGCUACAUAUAAUCCCAAGUUGGAGAAACAGGACGAGGAUUUGUGGUCUCCCAAAAAGAUAACUCCUUAUGUGCUUCUAAAUCACGAAGACAGCUACGUACCACCUAAGUAUCCAGCAAUAAAACCGACUGAGAGCUUCUUGAUGACGAUUCCGAAUGUGAGGAUUAUAUUUGAAAUCGAACAAACUGUGAGAGUUCCAGUAUUAAUGAUGAAGUUAUCUGGAGAGCUGGCGUUAAACGAGUGGUCUCGCCAGCUGCAGGGCACGGCAUGGCUGCGGCUGCACGCGAGCUGUUACAAUGAGCGAGUGGAUGCAUGGGAGCCGGUUAUAGAGCCCGUGGUUUGUGAGGAGAACCUCUACCGACCUUGGGAGAUUACCGCUACUUUAUUCCAGGCUAAAGCGUAUCCAAUGUCGUCACGUCUCGACACUGCCCAACCGGAAACCGAAACAGACCACUCGCCUGACACCUCGAAGAGGACUAGGAAAAGGAGCGAGUUCGAAUCCGAGACGUCAGCAGACGAGUGCGAUACCGAUAAUGAAAUGACAUUUAUAAGGAACCCUAACAGAGACAAUAAACAUUGCAACGUGGACCUUAGCGCUGGGAAUAUAUCGUUCUUAGGUGCGCUGGACAUCGACGAAUCGGAUUCUGAGAAUGAAAACGGGUUGAUGGAUAAACUGGCGAACGCCAUUGGACAUUUGUUUACGGACGACUCGAGUGCAGACGAGAUGAGUAAUGAUGAAGACUCAUCAGCUCCCGAACAGAGCGAGCCAGAAGUGUGCAGCGACCACGACGAAGAUGGAAAACCUGUCUCGUACAUUGACGGGGAUAAGGGGAAGAAGGAUGUCGAGCAUAAAACUGUUACCUUACAGGAGCCAGUUCGUGAAGAUAGCGUGGACUCGGGUCUCGAGACGGAGAGCUUCGCUGAACGUAUGUGCACGUAUAUAAUGCUGGAAGCCCGCCACCCGCUGAACGUGACGGUGACGCCGGCGGGGGCGCGCUGCCUGCUGGCGCUGGCCAACGCCUGCAGCGACCGCACCGCUGUCGUCACUGCCAUCGUCACCGCUGACUCUGGGCUCGUGCUUGUCAACGAUAUAGGCCCAGGGUCCACGGUGCAUUUGAAGACUCGUGCAGAAACAGACCUAGCGGGUAACGAUCGUGUACUGGCGAUAGCAGACUACGACGUUGACACCAGCAGACCUAGUACACCAGGCUGUGAUACGUCGUCGGCUGAACUUCUCGAUGACGUGCCUGUGAAGAAUGAAAUGAUUGACGUAACCGACGACUGGGACUGCUGCUUCGAAGGAGGCUUCCCAGCGGGCGGCAUGUCUCCAGCUCCACCUCCCGAGUACUCCCCGGAAGCGCCACCGCCUCCCAAGGAUCUUCGCACUAAACUCACUGACCUCACUCUCAACAUUCGCCUGCAUGAUCUGGAUCAUCUUACUAUAUUGUGUCCACAACGCAAUGUCUCCAAGCUGCACGUGCUGCAUCCGAGCAAGAACUCCACGCGUUACUACAUCGUCGUGGAGAGAACAUCAAAGUACAACAAUAAGAAGAUUGUCGUUCGUUCGCCGCUACAGCUUCGCAACGAGACGUCGUACGCUCUGGAGCUGUUCUACAAGAAGACUGACCUGCAAGCCGUCGGCGCCGACUUGAUUGGCGCAGUGACGAAUCCGUUCGAUGACAAGCUGCGACUGGCCGUCAUAGCGCCGCAGGACACCUACAACGUACCACUGUACAUAGCGUAUCAUUGCAAACUGUUCCUGCUACCUUCGAACUUUGAGAGUUACCAGACUGCCACUCAGGGUAUUUGGUGGAUGGAGUUGGCAAAUGAUUUAGGCACCGCUCGUGACGUCAUCUGCCCGGCUAAAGAUGGCGGCGAUGACAGGAUAUUUGCUAUGAGGAUAAUAACCGUCGAAGGUUGUCAAUCACACAAAGUAAGCCGAAACAUUCCGAACUACUUAAUCCGCAUUGUACCGCCCCUCGCAAUAUACAACCGGCUGCCCCACGCGCUGCAGCUCAGCAGUGGGCCCACAGUAACUGCGGGUGGUGCGGUGGACGCGGGGGCGACAGUGCCGGGCAGGUGGCACGCGCGGGUGGAAGCAGGUGAACGCGCGCACACGCAUGCGCUGGACCUUACGCGGCCGCACCGUCUCACACUCGAAAUGCAUUAUAUGGGGUUACCAUGGACCGGCAGCUUCACGCUCUCGCAAGAUUUAACGGAGAAGAUCAUAAGUAUGAGUAGCGAGUUCGAGGCGGACGGUAAGAAUGGAAAGCAGGUAUUGGUGUGCGUACGCGUGGAACGCAACGAGUGCUGGCAGUUGUAUGUGCACGCGCAGCAUUGGGUCAUCAACAAGACGGGCCUGCCGCUGCAGCUUAAGGGCCGGCAGUCGGAGGCGUGGCACGCGGUGUCGGAGGAGCCGCUGCUGUGGAGCGCGGCGCGCGCGCGGCGGCGCGGCGAGCGCGUGCGGCUGCGCGCGCACCAGUCGGGCUGGUCGCGCGCCGCGCCGCUCGCCGCCGCCGCGCCCGGCCUCGUCGUCUGCGCGCACGCCGAGCGCCGCACCACCUACCGCCUGCUGCUCAACGUGACUCUAUCAGAACUUUGUCCUCAAUUGACAAAAAUAGUAACACUCCUACCAUACUUCCUGGUGUACAACGACACCAAACGACAUUUGCGAUUCAUGGAGGAGAACGAAGCGGCAGAUCUCUGGUUCGACUUAGCGCCGCAGCAGUGUACGCCGUUCUGGCCACAAACUGACUCCAUGUCAAUGCAUUGCAAGUACAGGGACUCCACUGUGGUAUCACAACACUUUCCGAUUACGAAGAACCAUUUCACCGUAUUGAGGAUGGAUAAAGGGUCGGCCAUCUGCGUCGAAGUGACCGGAGGAACGGAUCGUCCCUUUAUUAUUACUUUCAAGCCGUACUCGUGUGGGGAUGCACCAGUGCGCAUUGACAAUUUGUGUGAUGACCUAUUCCUGAAGUUGCACCAGGAAGAGUCCGGUCAGGUGGCACUGCUGAGCCCGUACCAGUCGAUGCUCUACACAUGGGACGAUCCAGCUAAAGAGAGGAAACUUAUUUGGAAUAUUUACAAUAAUAAGGGAAAGGGAUUUGUUGCUGAUUUCAAUCAGGAUGGUUUCGGAGAAGAAAAAGUCAGUUUCCACUCUGUGAAACAUUCAACUCUGGUUGCGACGAGUAGCGUCACAUCCAAAUUGUCAUCAACCCUCAAAAGACUGACUCCAAAGUCCCCUGAACCUUGUUCCUCCAGCAGCGAUGACUCAGACAGUUCAGAUAUGCCAGAAACUCACUCUAAAACGAAGAAAAUGAGGAAAGAUAAAGUUAUAGUAUACUGGAUAUCUUAUAUGGAUGGAUAUCAAAGAGUUUUCGCAUUGGCUCAAGAUGAAAGGAUAGCAUAUCAGUACAGAAUGAGAAUAAAUUCAGAAAGGAGUAACUAUGAGGUCUACAUGUCCUUGGCUGGGGUCAGCCUGUCAGUUUGCGUACAAACAAACACUGGCGUUAAAGAAUUGGCAUAUGUGAGCGUAACCGAUUCAUUACCGAGAUGGGAAGUACACGUUAGCUGCAAAUGGAAACAGCUGUCGCCUGAUCUAACAGCGUGGAUAGAGGACAAAUAUCAGACAGAACAGAAAAAAUGCCAAUUGAAAGAAUACAUUCAUAUAGACUUGGAAAAAAUGCAAAUGACUAAACCAUUCUUUUCCGAACUGCGACGAACGUAUAAUCCAGGUAUAUGGUUGCAAUUCCGCAAGUCAGACACUUAUACAUAUUGCCAUUUGAAGGUACAAAGGCUUCAAAUAGACAACCAGUUGAAUGACGCUGUGUUUCCCAGUGUACUAUACCCUGCGCCUUUGCCCGCUGAAUUGAGAACGAGCAGAGACUUGAAAUCCUGUAUAGAGAUUGUUUCCCUCAAACAACACAGGCCAACUCUUAACCAGGACAUUUAUAAGUAUUUAAAAGUACUCGUACGAGAUUAUUGUAUAAAUUUGGAUAGAGGGUUUGUAAACCAUGUUUUUGAUAUUUUAAAUCAUUGGAAGAUUGAAGAAAAGCCCGCAGUGCGGCUGCGUGCUGACCUCGCAUUAGUUCAUAUGCCUUUACCGAUCAUUGCGUUGAAGAGUCAGACGAAUGUACAAAGAAAUGUUAUAUUUGAAUAUGUCCACUUGUCUCCCAUAAAAUUGGUGCUGAGUUUGUCGUCAAGGGGCUACUUGGCUGAGAACACGAACAGUCCAAGUAGGGCUCGCUUCGGCAACAAGAAAGAAAAUCGGCCUAAAUUAUUCAACAGCGAUCUUCUAGAGUAUUUGUUCAAUUCUUGGGGUUCUUCCCUGUGUGAUAUGAAGGACGUGGAAAUAAGGAUGAGUUACAUGGAAGUCCGAAAUGCUCCCAUAACAAUAUCGGCGCUAUUGGACAACGCGUCUCGCCACUAUUGGAUGCAGUUAGUGCAGCAGUUCUACGUACUCGUUCUGGGCCUCAACAUCCUCGGAAACCCUUAUAGUCAACUGGGUGACUUCGCCAAGGCAUUAAAGAAUUAUUACGAGCCAUGUUUGGGUACGAUAAUGGGUCGUCGGGUGCUGGAUGUAGCAAGUAAGCUGGCGUACAGCGCUGCAGCGCUGCUAGGCCAGCGAGCUAGCUCUGACACGGCGAGCGCCGUGUUCGACGACGUGCCUCGGACUAAGAUCAGGCGUCGCCCAGGUGAAGAUGAAUCGAUAAAGAACGACCUACCUGAGCCAGUGGUGGAGGCAGACCGCGGGAACCCGACCAGUGUGGCGCUAGCACUCACCGGUCUCAUAGCACGGCCCAGUUUCGAAGAUGAUUGUAUUAAUGUUCGCCAUAUGUGUCGCGAUGCGGCUCGCUCGUCGCUUUCACGCCAACUCGGACUCCACAACGCUGAGAAUACGCUCAAAGCGUGCGUGGAACGGAGUGGAGGACGUCUUGUGGCACGCAGCCGCCUGCCCAGACACUGUCCGUCUGCCGAUGGCGUGCGGCCGUACUCGCUGCACGCGGCGUUGGGCGCGGCGCUGCUGGGGCUGCUGGCGCGUGGCCACUACGCCGACACCGACGCGUACGUGGCGCACGCGCACCUCGCGCGCGCCUCGCACUACACGCUGCUCGUCUCCACGCAACACGUAUUCAUGGUGCGAGCUGGUGGCAAUGGCUCGUGGCACAUCGAGUGGGUGGUUAAAUUGGACGACGUGAUCGGCGUGCCACUUGUACGCGGUGACAAGCUCAUAUUGAAUAUUAAACAGGAUGAAAUGGUGAGCUACUUCUCAACGGACGAGAAGAUAAUAGAGAUCUCCGAUCCUGAAGUUCUGGCGUGGCUGCAGGCCAAGAUAGAGUGCGCCCUUAUCCUAGCAUUAGAGGACAAACGAUGCUCUGAAUAGUAAACACUCAAUUUACACAUAAAAAGGCCUAGAUUAUUCAUUGUUGCAUUACGAGAAUGCUUGUUUCAUCACCUCGAGUGAAGUUAUUGAUAAAUGUACUAAAUUGUUUUGGUAAAGGAAUAAUGCUGUGUUUUACACUGGGGUAAUAUCAGUAUCGCUCCAAUAUUUAUAUAUUGGAUUCCUCUGGACAUCAACGGCGGAGUAAAAUAUCAUCGCCCAUUUUGAUAUCGCCCAUAUUAAUCGGAUAUUGAUUUCAAUCCGAUUCUUCAUUUUUACAUUACAUAUUGGAUAACCGAUAAAUCCGUUACUGGGCCAAUAUAUAGAUGCAAUAUAUAGAUAUUGCGAUAUAUUACCCACCACUAUUUUACACAGCUGUCAAUAUUUAAUCAAAUCCUCUUCACGGGAUAGAUAAAGAAAGCGCAAAGUACUGAAUUUUUGAAAUAUUUACAUUAAUGUAUGUUUGACGUUUGUUCACUAUCGGGGAAUAGAGACUGAUUUACGGCGCCCGGUGUUUAUAUUACGUCAAAUUAUGCCAAAUGAAAGUUGUAAGUGUACGUUUGUCUAUCCCGUCCAGGGUAAUAUAUCUACUUAUAAAUAAUAACGUACCAUAAAGUAUGGGAUGGUAUCAUGAAGUGAUCACCCAAAUAUCUCCACGAGGUAUAUAUCUUAUCUUAUUGUAUCUUAGUCUAUUUCUUCAUAACGCUUUAUACACAGCCAAAUAAUCAGCAACGAAGUGAAAAUUGCAGAUCAAAGAAUCGUAUCAUUGAUUUGUUUAGACUAGAUAUUGAAACAUUUUUUAAAUAGCUAUAGGCGAAUACUAGUUUAUCGUUGAAUAAAAACCAAAAACAAGCUUGAUAAGUAAUAGAAAAUAAAGUAUAGCUAGUUAGUCUUCAGGCUGCAGCUGAAAAUCAGUGAUUUGCUUUUAAGCAAAGCUAUCACUGAGCUGUAGCCUAUUUGGGUCUCCGCGACACACAUGGCGAAAAUAUAUUUUUGUAUUUUAUCUUGUGUUUAAUAUUAAAAAACAAAAUGUAAUUAAUUUGAUUGUAAAAUUUCAGUUGUUAAUUUACGUGUACUCAAAUAAUGUGUUUAUUUAUCUAACACUAGCAGAUAUACUUUUAAAUAUUUUAUAUCUAAAUUCAUUGGAGUGAGGACGUAGCUAGGAUUUUGUUCAGGAAACAAAGCAAAUAGGAAACCUGAUAAUGGCGAUUGCAAAUAUGUUUAAUAUUGAAGAAAAAAUAUAACCGCGCGAAGUGAAUUUGGAUUAAAUAUGAAAAUGUGUUAGGUUUGUUGAUGCAUUUGCGCGCUUCUGCCUCCAUUUGUAUGGCUACGCUCAUAUAUUGGGGUAUCUAGAUAGAAGUUAAAAAAUUCUAAUUGUUUCAAUUCAAACAGACAUCUUUCUUUAUGUUUAUCAAUGAACAGAAGCAUGAUUACAUAUACUUUUAACUUAGAUUAUAUAGAUAGAGUAUCGAACCUCAAAAACGGGUCAACUUUUUGUCAGCUAAUUGUCAAAUUAGUUGACUCGUUUUUUUUGUCAGUGUUCUAUAUGCUUACGCAUAAAAUGUACCUUGACGUAUUAUUUAAUAAAUAAAAUAAGCGUUUACGCAUUAAAAAGAUGUCGAAAUUAUAACACAAAAAUUAAUAUAGAAGUUCUAAAGGAAUAAUAACUAUUUAUCACGCAAAAUUGUAUGAAAAACUAAACCCGUCAUUCUCGAAGCGUUUGUAUGGAGACACUCUAUCUAUAUAAUCUAAGACUUUUAACUAUUUAUUUUAUUUUCUCAUGCGCUAAGUAUAAUGCACCUUUAUUUGAUGUGAUUCUAUCUUGAUUCUUGUAGAGCUAUUCUGUAAACGAAAACUGAAUUUUCACUAGCAAUUCCACGAAUGAUUUACACUUGGUAUUAUGUGAACAAAUGAAGCACCAUUUUGUCAAGAUGGCGUCGAAGUGAACUGAAAUUAGGUAUUCACUUUACAUUUUAAAACUUUUGCCACUUCACUUAUGAUUCCCAAAACUCACAGAUUCAAAAUUACAGAGUGCAGAGACAUAACACCUUGGACGCAUGAGGGCGCAAGGGCGAAAUAGUAUACUCUGUUAUGUCUAUGGUACUGUUCAUGUCUAUAAGCGACGGUUGCCACUUUCCACCAGGUGGGCCGUCAGCUUGUUUGCCAUUCUAAGUUGCAUAAAAAAAAGUAUAAAAUUUAGAUAAAGUGAACACUUAGGUGAAGCGAGUUGCUAAUUAAGUGCGAAUCUUUACAGAAUAAAAACUUUGUUCAAUGUAUUCGUAAAUUAUAAAUACUAUAUAAGUAGGGUUGCCAUCUCUAAAAUUUGACAACCAGGACAAGACGCGUGAAAACCCCGGAUUUUAGAGGCCACAACCUGGACAUAUCAACAGGUUUUUUUUAAACAGUGUAAUGAAAAAUAGUGUGACGGGAGGGCCGGGGGUCGGUAAAUUUAGCGAGUCAGUUCGUCGCUUGAUCGCAGCGUACGGGCACAAUGUAUGUGUCAAGAGCAGCCCAAAAAGCUCCUCGGAUGCCCUCUAAACUAGGAUACAUCCGGGGAAACCCAGACGGAUGGCAACCCUGUAUAUAACCUAUGUUAGCAUUAGUAAAUGAGCUACCGUCUAUCAGUUUGUAUAACACAGUAUUGUGGUACAUAUCAGCUCAGACUAUGUUUAGACAAUAAAUAUUUUCAGUUAUUCUCGGUCUACUGUUGCAUAUUGUCUUGAAUUAUAUGCCGGCAAGAACGCGAUUCACUUUUGAAUAACAAUUUUAUACGUACGUAAUUUAAUAUUUUACUUUAAAAAUAGAGAAAAAAUACAGGAGUAAACUCGGUUAGUCGUAAAAAGAAUCAUUGAAAUUAACGAAAAUAUCACGUAAUGUACAGGCCAUAAAAAGGAUAUAGGUGAAUUAAUUGGCUCCUUUUGAAAGUGAUAAACAAGCUUUGGCAUCUUUAAGAUUAUUUUUAUGGGGCAUAGCCCCUUAAAAGGUACAUAAUGUACCCUCAGCUCCUGUUUAUGUUCUUGCGCAAAGCAGAAAAUUCCGCCCGCUUCCUAGGGUGGGCACCAGAUUAUUCUGAGGUGGGCACAGCCACUCGCUCUUUAUGUAUUUGAGAGGGAAACUAUAUGUCUAUGAAUAAAAUUGUUUGUAAACAUUUUAGAACUAUGCCACUUUGAAUGUCUGUACUUAUUAAUGUAUGAAGUAUGUAUUGUUCUUUAUUCAAAUUAUUUAAAAAAAAUGGCCGCUUGUAAUCCGUGCUGCCUGCCAUUAAUGAAAAUAAUAAACAAAAGAAAGCAUGAUAAUUAUGUAAUUUAGUAUUAGCAAAGAAAAAAAAACAUAAUGCUUAGAUAUUUUAUAGUUUUUUAAAAAUAGAUUUAUGUGUAUGAUUUUAAAUAUAUCGACCAAUUCUAGUCAAAUUAAUCAAGCUUUAUGUCGCUAAUAUAAGUUUAGAAAGUGUAAUUACAAAAUGCAAUAUGAGAACGCCCUCAAAAGUUACUAGGUCAGUGUUUUUAAACCUUCGGAUGGCUUACAACUGAGUAUUCGCAUGAAUUUACUUUCGAGGGGUUUGCAGGCUGAAUGGAGUGAUUUUUCAUUUACAAUUUUUUUGUGACAUAAAUGGAAUGAUAAAACAUGCAGUAUUUGUGCAUGUUUUGGCGGGGCACCAGUGAGUAUGACAAAUAAGGAUGAAGUCAAGUCAACUGACCUGAGUUCCUGAUGAAUUUGUCUCGAUGGAUAGCCAAUUGGGCAUCCAUCGUGACGAAUUUAAAAGUAGUUAAUAGGUCACGUAUGUUGGAAGGUUGGAAAACACUACUAGAUAAUCGCAAAAUGCUAUUUUAUGGACAGUAUUCUUAUUUUUUUUUUUUACAUUUCGUUGCUCUUCUAUAGCCUAUAUACUGUACUCCAAAACGUGGUGAGAUUAACAAAUAACAGGCCAAGAGUACUGUCUCAGAUUGGGAUUGUCAUAAUUAGAAUGGGAAAAAGAUUGCUAGUAAUGGGGCCAUUAGUUACAUUGCUAGCACUAUUCCUACUAUGUCAAGCCGACCUCCACGCGGUGUCCUAUGGAAACCAUUAUAAUUCAUUCUUAGUGAAUUCAUGAGGUUAGACCAACCAACCUGCUUUUAUACUCGCCUAUCAUCUUUCACUUCAUUCUUUUGUCAUUCAAAAAGACAUAAUUAGGUAUGUUAAUAAUGUUCAAUAUUUAAUAUCCAUCACUGGAAUUGGUGUACACUUGUCGAUUAUACAUUAAAUAUUUACCUACAUCGAAGCAUGUUAAUCAUUGAAGGUAAUUGAAUGUUUUAUAAAAGAAAAUAAAAGUUAUAUUCAAGUA